UCAGUACUUACUCAGACCAACAGACCCCCAAAUUUCCUCUUCUCAGCAAGCCUUUCUCCACAGGAUUAGCCUUACCUCGUGUCUUCCCUUAAUUCAAAUCUCACUUUAGGAUUUGAAUCAUUGAGUUUUGUGCCCCAGACUGGGUCCAGGCCCUGAGUAUCUAAAGACAUGGAGUUUGUGUCUGGAUACCGCGACGAGUUCCUCGAUUUUGCUGCUCUUCUCUUUGGCUGGUUCCGCAAGUUUGUGGCAGAGAGGGGGACCAUGGGGACCAGCCUUGAGGGCCGAUGGCGUCAACUGGAGUCACAGAUAAGGAGGCUGCCUCAGGACCCUGCCCUUUGGGUGCUCCAUGUCUUACCAAACCGCAGUGUGGGCAUCAGCCUGGGGCAAGGUUCAGAGCCAGGUCCUGGGCCAGGCCUAGGGGCUUCCCGGCUCCUGGGAGAUGAGCCUCCACUUCACCUGAGAGACCUGAGUCCUUAUGUCAGUUUUGUCAGCCUAGAGGAUGGGGAAGAAGGGGAGGAGGAGGAGGAGGAGGAGCAUGGAGCUAGGCCAGGCACAGAGAAGGUGGAACCACAGGAGGGUGGGGAGCCAGCCCCUCCAAGCAAGAAAUUCCCCCAAGAAGCAAAGCCUGCUCCAGAGUCAGAGGUGACCCAGCAGGAGGCAAGCCGUGAAGAAGGCAGCAGAGAGGAGCGACCAGAGGAUGAGAGGGCUCCUGAAAAGAGGAAAGGACGGAAGAAUGCAGAGGCUGCCCCCCUGCACCUUUCCUGCCUUUUGCUGGUGACGGACGAGCAUGGCACCAUCUUGGGCAUUGAUCUGCUAAUGGAUGGAGCCCAGGGGAGUGUAGGCCAGAACCCAGGCACUGAGAAUCUGGCUCCUCGGGCCUAUGCUCUCCUCUGUCAUAGCAUGGCCUGCCCUAUGGGCUCUGGGGACCCCCGCAAGCCCCGACAGCUUACCGUAGGAGACGCCCAUCUCCAUCGAGAGCUAGAGAGCCUGGUCCCAAGGCUGGGUGUGAAGUUGGCAAAAACCCCAAUGCGCACGUGGGGUCCUCGGCCAGGUUUUACUUUUGCCUCCCUUCGGGCUCGAACCUGCCAUGUUUGUCACAAGCACAGCUUUGAGGUGAAGUUGACACCCUGCCCCCAGUGCAGUGCAGUCUUGUACUGUGGAGAGGCUUGUCUCCAGGCUGAUUGGCGGCGAUGCCCAGAUGAUGUGAGCCACAGAUUCUGGUGCCCGAGGCUCGCAGCGUUCAUGGAGCGGGUCGGAGAACUGGCAAGUUUGCCUUUCACCUAUACUGCAGAAGUUACCAGUGAAACUUUUAACAAGGAAGCUUUCCUGGCCUCCCGAGGCCUCACUCGUGGUUAUUGGACCCAGCUCAGCAUGCUGAUUCCAGGGCCCGGUGCCCCCAGGUACCCCUGGGGCAGCACAUCAUCCCUCAGCUGCCUUCUCAAUGGUGAUCCUUACCAGCUUCUGCAGGGAGAUGGGCCUGCCUUGAUGCCUCCGGUGCCCCUAGAGCCACCCAGGAGCCUCUUUGGUUCAUGGCAGGAUUACUACACGUGGCGGGGCCUCAGCCUGGACUCCCCCAUGGCUGUGCUUCUCACCUACCCACUGACGGUGUACUAUGUCAUCACCCACCUGGUACCCCAGUCCUUCCCUGAGCUCAACAUCCAGAACAAGCAAUCCCUGAAGAUCCACGUGGUGGAGGCUGGCAAGGAAUUUGAUCUCGUCAUGGUGUUUUGGGAGCUCUUGGUCCUUCUCCCCCAUGUGGCCCUGGAGCUACAGUUUGUGGGUGACAGCCUGCCACCUGAGAGUGACCAGCAGCAUUUUACUAUGCAGAGGGAUGGACCUGAGGUGUCUGUGCGUCCUGGUUCUGGAGUAUCAGCACGGUUCAACUCUGGGACUAAGGAGAAGGGCGGUCGAAGGGAUCUGCAAAUCAGGGUGUCUGCCAGGCCCUAUCACCUGCUCCAGGGACCCAAGCCUGACCUGGUUAUUGGAUUUAACUCCGGCUUUGGUCUCAAAGACACAUGGCUGAGCUCUCUACCCCGGUUACAGUCUCUCCGAGUGCCAGCAUUCUUCACUGAGAGCAGUGAGUACGGCUGUGUGAUGGACGAUCAGACUAUGGCGGUGGCCACCGGAGGGGGCACCAGCUCGCCACAGCCCAACCCCUUCCGCUCCCCAUUCCGCCUUAGAGCAGCUGACAACUGUAUGCCCUGGUACUGUAACGCCUUCAUCUUCCAUUUGGUCUACAAGCCUCCCCAAGGCGGCACAGUCCGCUCGGCUCCCGGCCCUGCACCUAGACCCCCAACUCCCGCUGCACCUCCUGUCCCGGCUCGAAGGCGCCGAGGAGAAAAGAAAGCUGCACGCGGGCCCCGCCGGCGCAGAUGAGAGCGGACUUGGCAGCCGUCCAUUCCCAAGCAUGCGUCCUAAAGGAAAACAUUCCAAGGCCCAGGGAAGCCUGAUUGUUGGGACACAAAAGGUUAAAUAAAAUUACUUGUUUGAAA